GUUCGAUGCAGUGGCUGCGUUUGUCCUUCACUUCACGGAGUCAACUGCUUCGCGACUGCAGAACUGCGAGCCAGAAAUUGCUUCACCAACAUCGUUCGGUGAAAGAUGAGUGCAGUCACACGGGGCCGAGUGCCCACUUUGUGGACUGCAGAGCACGAGGCUAGACUCACUCAUCUAAGAGAUCAGCGAGAUAAAGUCGAUGAAACAAUUGAUCUCCUGCGACAGCAAAUGACCAUCGUCGAUGGUAUGUUGGAAACGAUUGCAGACGCCACUCUGGCCGCCGAAGAAGAAGAAGAAGAGAGGAAGGCGAUCGAGAACGAGUGCGCGAUUGAAGACUCCGAUGAGGAAGAUGAUGACCUUACAGUCAUCUGCCACUCCAGUGCCGACGGAGACGAGGACGAAGGAGAAGAUGAGGAGGACCUCACGGCAGCUGAAGCAGUCCUCUACUGCCCACCGCUCCUCGCCCAGAUCUUGCGCCACCUCUCCGCAGCAACCCUCUUCGGCAUCCAACGCGUCAACAGAGCCUUCCUCUACACCAUUUGUACCUCCUCGAUACUCCGCCGGAACCUCCUCAUCGACGUUGUUCCCAACGCAGAAACCGAUCUCGACCGCUUCGCCACCCUGUCCCGUCUCCUCGAGAGCCCCAAAUUCAUGCACGCGGUCCAGCCCCUUGAUUUCCAACCUUUUGGUCCGACCUCCUUGGGGAUCAGUGUCAAAUUCGGUGCUGCGAAGAAAUUUCAUCGACAGAUGAGGUUCAAGUAUCUUGCUCUUGCCCGCCAACAGGAACAGCAACUACAGCAAGUUUCCGGACAACAACAAGAAGAGGAAGAAGAAUAUGUUAAAAUCUGUCUCAAUUGGAAAGACAUUAUUGUUCCGGGACCGAUGCAGGUCAUCUAUCAUCGCUGGCAGCCGAGGGUUCCGAUGGGGUUCGGACACACGAUUCGUGAUGCGUCUUUGGGAGAACUGGUGGAGAUGGCGAUGGCUUUCUUGGGGCACAAUUGGUGGAUGGAGUGUGAUCUGGAGACUUGGGUUGCGCUGAGGGAGGUCACGGUUUGGAAGGGAUUGAUUGAGAAAGAUAGCUGGGCGCUUGGGAAGACUAAGGGGGGAAGGCAAGGUGUUGUGAGGAGGAGACGGGCGUUGAGUGUUUGA